GACUCAACCAAAACAAACUUAAUCCAAAACAUAACCUUCUCCUGGAUGAACCCUCUAAUCAUAAAGGGCUACUCCCAGAAAUCCCUCUCUUUAUCUGACCUACCCAUCCCUCCAAUCGAUUUCAACGCAAACGACUCAACAACCCUUCUAUCAAAAAACUGGCUCUCCCAAUUAUCUUCACCCGAAAUCGAAAUCGAAAUCGAAAUUAAAAACAAAAACAAAAACAAAAACAAAAAAAAGCCCAAAAAAAAACACCUUCUUUUCAAAGCCAUCAUCAACUCCUUCGGCUUUCCCAUCAUCCUAGCUGCCUUCUACGAGCUAUCUGAAUGCUGUCUAAGCUUUCUUCUACCUCAGCUCCUAAGAAUCCUAAUCAACUUUUUCUCCAACACCCCCAACAACAUCAUUCUCCCCAACUCAAUUCUCAUCACUAACGGCAUCAUCAUCGCCCUCCUCAUGUUCCUCAUCUCAAUUCUAUCCACCAUCUGCUUCAACCAGUACUUUAUCAUCAUCUUCAGCGUUGGCCUCAACUGCAAAAGCGCUUUGAUGGGCCUCAUCUACAAAAAAACUCUAAAAUUGCACUCAAACCACUCUCUCUACUUUACAACAAGCGACAUUAUCAACUUCAUGUCCGUCGAUGUCAGCAGAAUUCAACAGCUAAUCCAACAGAUCCAGCUCAUCAUCUCAUCCCCCAUCAGACUCAUCCUCUCCCUAAUCUCCCUCUACUCCCUCCUAAACUCCUCUAUUUUCUCCUCCUUACUCAUCAUCUCCCUCAUCAUCCCCAUCAACACCUUCCUCUUCAAAAAAAUGAAAAUCCUACACAAAUGCCAAAUGAAAUUCAAAGAUAGAAGAACAAGAAUCAUCUCUGAAAUUCUAUCCUCAAUCAAAAGCAUCAAGCUAUACUCCUGGGAAAACCCAGUUCUAGCAAACUUAAAGGACGUUAGAAACAACCAGGAAUUGAAAAACUUGCAGAAAAUUGGCAUCUACUCAGGAUUUAUCAACUUCUCCUGGUCCUGUAUUCCCUUUUUCUUAUCAUGUUUCACCUUUGCAUUGUUUGUCUUAAACAAAAAAAACCCUCCUUUAACCCCCGAUAUCAUCUUUCCCUCCUUGACUCUUUUCAACAUGCUAUCCUCUCCAUUGUUUCAACUCCCCGGCCUAAUCACUGCCAUCAUCGAAGCUUCAAUCGCAAUAAACAGAAUCACAAACUUCUUACUAGCAGACGAACUAGAUUUGCUCUUUCUCCAAAAUUUAUCCAAAUUUAACACUCAAUCCAUUACUCAAUCCAUUACUCAACCAAUUCCUCAUUCUGUCAAUAUCAACAACCUCUCCUUUACAAGAAAUAACCUAAAUUUACCCGAAAAUACCCUUCUUUCAUCAAACAACUUAAUUCUAGAUCAAGAAUCAAAAUUAUACAACUACCCAGACUUUGCCAUCAAAAACAUCAGCUUUGUCGCCAAAAAGGGCGAUUUUUCCUGCAUUAUUGGAAAAGUAGGCUCUGGAAAAUCAACCUUUCUAAGAUCAAUUCUAGGCGAACUUUAUCCCUUCCCGAACAAUAAUGGCAUCCCCAACUUUAAAAUCAAUGGCUCUAUCUCAUAUUGCUCCCAGGUUCCCUGGAUUAUAAACGACUCUGUCAAACAAAAUAUUCUAUUUGGUCACAAAUAUGAACACGACUAUUAUAAACUAACCAUAGACGCUUGUGAACUAAUCCAAGACUUUAAAGUCUUGCCUGAUGGCGAUGAAACUCAAGUGGGUGAAAAGGGCAUCUCCUUAUCUGGUGGCCAAAAAGCUAGAAUUGCCUUAGCAAGAGCUGUCUAUGCAAGAACUGAUAUCUACAUACUCGAUGAUAUUUUAAGUGCUGUCGAUGUCCACGUAGGCCAAAAUAUUACCAAUAAGCUCUUUGGAAAAGAUGGCUUGUUAUCCGAUAAAACAAAAAUUUUGGCCACCAAUAACGUUUCAAUCCUAUCUCAAUCUACCUCAAUUACUUUAUUACAUCAAGGAUCAAUGGUCGAACAAACUACCUACUAUGAUACUCUAAAUAACAAAAACACAAUGCUUUAUGAUUUUUUAAUCAACAAUGAUGAAAAUUUCUUGAAAUUAUCUCAAUCAAAUGGUGAUGUUAGCGAUUUAGAAAGCACAGAAACUUGUAAUGAUUCAAAUCCAUCAUCCUACUCAUCCUCAAUUAUCGAUUUAUCACCAUACGACUCAACUACUAAUUUAAAUAAACAAAUUCACAUAUCAAAAUCUUCAGCAAGCGUUGUUUCUUUUAAUACAGAAUUUACUCCUCUAUUGAAAAUCCAAAAUAAAAAAUUAAAGACAAUUCAAACCUUGGAAAAAAAAAGAAAGGGAAAAGUUGAUAAGAAGGUUUAUUUCACAUAUGCUCGCGCUUGCUCCUUUUUGGGAAUAUUUUCUUUUUUAAUUAUGAUGAUCUUUACCAGUGGCACAGAAUUGUGCGCAAAUUAUUGGCUAAAAGCUUGGUCUCAAUCAAAUCGAGAAUUGAAUAAUAAUUCCAAUGUUUGGCAGUUUAUUAUGAUUUACUCUUGUUUUGGGAUUGGUUCAGGGUUUUUCACUCUAAUCAAAUGCUUCAUUCUUUGGGUCUAUUGCUCAACGAGAGCAUCAAUGUAUUUACACAAUUCAAUGGCAACAUCAAUUCUCAUGUCUCCAAUGCAAUUUUUCGAAACAACACCAGCAGGAAGAAUUUUAAAUCAUUUUUCAAGUGAUAUGAAUAAAAUCGAUGAAAGACUACCAAGGAUUUUUAAUGAGUUUUUUUCAUCGAUUAUUAGUACUAUUUUCACAUUAUGUGUUAUCAGUUAUUCAUUGCCUAUAUUCUCUAUUAUAAUAGUUUUUUUAUCAAUCAUUUAUUUUUAUUACCAAAAAUUUUACAUCACAUCAUCAAGAGAGUUGAAAAGAAUUGUUAGCACUGCUAGAAGUCCAAUUUUUAGUCAUUUACAAGAAUCAUUGAACGGAGUUGAAACCAUCAGAAGUUACAAGCAACAAGAAAGGUUUGAGUUUAUUAACAUCACAAAUAUUGAAUUUUACUCUAAAGCUCAAUAUGUUUUUCGAUCGAUUUAUCGUUGGCUAUUAUUCAGACUUCAAUUUAUUGGAGCUACAGUUAUCUUCUCAACCACAAUUCUUUCAUUAUUAACACUAGAUAGUUCAAAACCAUUAAGUGCAGGGUUAUUUGGGUUGAUAAUGAGUUAUGCUUUGCAAAUUACCAAUUCCCUAAACUUGAUUGUCAAGACCACAGUGGAAAUUGAAACAAAUAUUGUUUGUGUUGAAAGAGUUUUAGAUUAUAGUAACUUGCCAUCAGAGAAAGCAUAUCAUAUUCCGGAAACUGCACCGGCACGCAAUUGGCCCAUAAAUGGGAAAAUUGAAAUUAAUAAUUUAUCAGCCAGAUACAGAGAUAAUCUUGGUUUGGUUCUUGAUGAUAUUAGUCUUUCUAUAAAGAGCAGACAAAAAAUUGGAAUUGUUGGUCGAACUGGAGCUGGAAAAAGUACAUUGGCAUUAGCAUUGUUUCGAUUAAUUGAAGCAUGCGAUGGGAAUAUUCAUGUUGAUGGAAUAAAUAUUAGCAGUCUUGGAUUAUAUGAGUUACGAAGCCGUUUGAAUAUUAUUCCUCAAGAUAGCCAAACACUAGAAGGAACAGUUCGAUCAAAUCUUGAUCCAUUAGAUAAAUACUGCGACGAAGAGUUGUGGAAGGCAUUGAGACUAUCACAUUUAUAUGAACAUAUUGUGAAGAUGUCAAAAGAGAAUGGGAUUGAAGAUGGUUUACAAGUCAAAAUUUUAGAAUCUGGAAUUAAUUUGUCAGCAGGCCAGAGACAACUAAUGAGUCUUGCACGAGCAUUAUUAAACCAAUCGAGUGUUUUAGUUCUAGAUGAAGCCACGGCAGCUGUUGAUCAAGAAACUGAUAAAAUUAUUCAAGAAACCAUUCGGAAGGAAUUCAAUAAUAAAACUAUUUUAACAAUUGCUCAUAGACUUGAAACAGUGAUGGAUAGCGAUAAAAUACUUGUCUUAGAACAAGGGAAAGUCAAAGAGUUUGAUUCACCAAAAAAUUUACUAAAUGACAAAACGAGCGAAUUUUUCAAGUUAUGUCAAGAAAGUGGCUCCAAAAUGCUUUCAUGA